UGACUGCGGCACGUCCCGUCCCGCCUCUCACACGCCCUUCUCUGUUCUCUCCUCCACCCGGGAAGGACGGAGACGCCGGUGCCGCUCGGCCAUGCUGGUCAGCGAGAGGUUGAAGCGGCUUUUGAGGUUGGUGCCCGGGCAGCGGCGCUUUGGCUUUUACAGGUUCCUGCCUUUCUUCUUCGUGCUCGGCGGAGCCAUGGAGUGGUUCAUGAUCAACGUCCGCUUCGGCAAGGAGACCUUCUAUGAUGUUUACCGUAGGAAAAGAUCUGAAAGACAGUAUGAGGCAAAGAUGGAGAAAGGGGAAUUUUAGCUGAAACUCUUGAAGAGAGAGCUCCUGAGUGCUUCAGCUGUGCAAGUGCCAAAGCAGCAGCACUGCCACGUUGAUGGUGGGGGAAGAUGUUGGCUCUGCAGGAUGAACUGUGAUCCACACGUUUGUACAAUACAGUCAGAGGGUUUGGGCAGUUUUGUUCUUCCAUAUCUGUAAUAUUUGUAUUUAAAUGAAGUGAAAAUUUCAUUGUAUUUGGGCCUCUGCCACUAAUUUAAUGUUUGCUCAGUGUUUCUAAAUAAACUAAACUGAGUAAA